AUGCGCAGGCCAAGUUGCAAUAUCAACGUCGAUCGAAUCAGAGCGGGCAGUAUUUUCAGCACUCCUGAUUUGUCCGAUGAUGAAGACAGUUGCUUUGACAUUGAAACACCACCGAGAGAAAGCUUUGAUAGUGCCGCCAGUAAGGAUGAAACCGAGGAGACUCAACUGGACAUUGAGACUACUGCGCCGGAAGAAACCAUGCCAACGCAAAAUUGGAAUUGUCUACGACGGUCUCUACCUAUGCGAGCUCCAGUAAUCGUUGGAAUCGCAUCAUGCCUAAUAAUCUGGGCUUUGAGGGUAGGGAGCAUAGCAAUGAUUAGCGAGUCCGUUCAAGGAUUAUGUAGGCUGCCAGUGCUGUCAGUCAUUGGUGCUCAGGGGCCUGUAAACGUAUGCAACACGGAUCCAACUCCAGAACUCCAGUUCAUGGGUGUUCUGCAAGCCCACUCCCAGUACGAACGGAUCUAUAAGUACGUAGACAAACGUGCCAACCUUCCCGAGAAGCUCGCCGGCCUAGCGCGGAACAUCGACCAAUUCAGCAUGGUUCCGCAACUCGGAGCCAAAGAUGCUGCAGAAAGUCCUCUGAAGAGACUGCUUCUCCUUUUCAGUACGGAUUGCAGUCACGCUGUGCUGGAGCUGAGCUCAUUUUCCAAGCAGGUCAAAGAGACAGGUGAGCGUCUCCUGAUGUCAGAAAAAGCGGCAAAAGGAUCACUGGACUCAGUUCAACACCAACAAUGGAGCUGGUAUCACCACCUAACUCGACAUCGCACUGGCAAAGGAAUUUCGAGAAUUUACGGUGACAUGAUAUCUGUCUCAUUAGAACACAUCCAAAACAUUAUCGACUCGGCCAAUACCGCCAUUCUCAGGCUUGACUCGCUCGAGAAAGUGGUUCUCGAAAUUCAAGACAUUGCCGGAACUGGAGAUUCAGCGUCGCAUCAGGGUGCCGUGGGUCUUGAUACGACCUUUGAAACAUCUAUGCCUUCUCCGAACCACGGCUACAGCAAAGAGCACAGUAGUUUACAAGAAAUUCUCGAAAUCUGCAAAGAAGCACGUGCUUCCGCGGAGGUGGCGAAAGAACGCGCCGAGAAGAUUUGGCAUGAUUUGAAGCAACUUCAGUACGUUCCGCGAUGGGUUCGGCGUGAUCCCAGAAACCAACAGAGGACUUUAGAGUCUAGUGUGGAUAUUUGGUCUCGGCAGCUGGCUACCCAAAUGGAUUCUUUUGCCACUAUGCUGCAAGGCAUCAAAACACCCGAUCAGACAACUGUAUCAAAACGAGCAGGUACUCUAGAUCUCCAAAUCAGGAAACCUACCGCACCAGCGAUGACACAAGCGUAA